AUGUGGCACGACGAGAUAGUAUAUCAACUUUCUUGUUCCCUGUUGAUAUUCAUCACAUGUUGUUAUGCGGUUUAUAAUACGAAUGAAUUGCAAAAUGUCGUGUAUGAUCUCGAAAUCGCUGAAAUUCCUUUCGGAUUUGAAAGUUUAGAAUUGGAUAGUGUAACAUUAGAGGAAAAGAUGCCGAAGAAUACAUUACUGGGGAUAUACGAUGUGGACGAUAAGAACGCAACUGUUGUUGUUAGUGAAUUUGGACAAAAAUUCAUCUGUUCCUUGCCCAAAAUUCCAUUAACAAAAGCAAAUGAUGAAUCGCAAUCAAAUUUAACGGUGAAUUUGAUUUCUGAUGUUAUAGCAGCAAGCUUUUAUGUACAGAAUUGCAUUCGAAAGAAUACAGGAUGGUGGACAUACGAACUUUGCUAUAACAAACAUGUGCAGCAAUUCCGUCUUGAAGGCUCAAAAAUUGUUGGCAAGAUUAUUUCCUUAGGACAUUAUAAAAACAACUCGGAUAUAAAUUUAUCAAGACACAAAAGUGAAGAGCUACCUUAUUUCGAACAAAUUUAUGAUGAUGGAACAGUUUGCGAUGUGACAGACAAAUCGAGACUUGCACGUGUGUGGUAUAUAUGUGAUGAUAUGUUAUCGACAAGCGAAGCGUACAUCGCUGAUGUUGAUGAGCCAUCCUCAUGUGAAUAUAUUAUAAAAGUGAAAACAGGGUCACUUUGCAAGUUGGAUGUCUUUUCAAGUCAAAACAAGCCGCGUGAACCUUUGUCAAUCAUAUGUCGUCCACUACUGGAGCAGAAAGGUGUUGAACAAUAUCUCGAAAACGUAGCUGAACAAAAGCGACAAAAAGAAGAAGCUAAGAAAGAAUCGGAACUUCUUGCAGCACGAGCAGAUAGCAUUCAGCGACAGAGAUAUGCGAGGAAACAGCUGGCAAAACGAACAGCAAGCAGUAUAAAGGAAAUGGAAGCGACGGAGAAAGAACUCAAAAUAAUGUAUGAGGAUAUAAUGAAAUCAAUCGCAAAGCUGAAUGUCGACCCUACGAAGAUGAAAGCAGAUAUACACUUUAUAUACGACGACUUACAUGAGAUGGAAACCCGUUACAUCACCGAAGCGGAUGAAGAUCGCGGGAAUAUAUAUUGGUACUUCAAAGAUCCUUAUUGGAAUCGUAAAUUUUUUCCCGUUACUCUUGCUUACUCACGCGCUAUAAAUAAUUAUUAUCUGACGAUGUCGUCGUUCUUGAAAAAAAUAGAUGAGGAAUAUGACGAGAAAAAAAUGUCGUUUUCAAAAUUUUUGCACGAUAUCGAUGAAAAAUUGGUAACAGAGACACAUCUGAGUAUAAUGAUUGGUUCGUUAAGGAAAGCUUUCCAUGAAGGUAUUUUCCCAGAUAUUAUAAAUGAUGUGGACGAUGCAGAAAAUCCACUUCUAGCAGCAAUGUGGACUAAUGCUGAGAAGCAGCUUGAGAUAUUGCAGCUCUUUGAAUACAAAGUAUUGAAAUUGCUCAAUCGAGGGAUAGAAUUUGCAGCAGAAGAUCUAAUGUCCCAUGUUGCUCGGCAGCUUCUCUCUGUUCGCACAUUGUUAAUAAAUGGCGGAAGUGAUUAUAAUUUUGACCGGAAACUCAGUUAUAUUUCGGUCGAGAAAAUGUUUCUGAAAUUUAUGCAAAGCUACAAUCGUGCGGUGUUGCGUCACGAUAAAAAGUUAGAUAAUUUCAUGAAGUAUGUUUCGGCCGAGAUGUUUAAGUUGUUUGAAAAUUCAAAUAUAUCUCCCGCCCGAAUUGAAGAUUUGAAUUCUGAAAAUGCUCAUCUUUUCUAUACAGAGACUUUCAAAAUUGAAAAUUGGCAGACAACUGAAGAAACGGGUGAUAAUGAUAAAAGAGGGGGAUCUCAAAAUGUCAUGAGCAAAGAAGAAAAAGCUGCACAGAUGAGGAUGCUUGAGAGAGCCAAAAGAAAAAACUUGAGGAAAAAAGUUGAGCGUUAUUUACGAUCAAAGAGAACAUCAAAAAAGAGUGAACGGGAUGAAACAUUAUUGCACGAUGAUCUUGAUGAUCUGCGAAAGCAGCUGUUUGUUUUCAAAAAUGCCUUGGAAGAGAAAAUUCGGGAAACAGGUUUAAUCCAAGGAGCAGAAGUUAAAGUUCAGCUAGUUUCUUCGGUAGGUGAUGUUAUCAGUAGUGCAGGUGUUGGAGGAUUAGCUGGUGAGCGUGUAACUGCGCUGCUAAAGGCAUUUUUCCUUGAGCAGUACAGUGUUAAUGAUGAAGAAAAUCGAUAUGAUCGACUGGCACGGGGUUAUACUUAUGGUGCUGAUGAAGAGGAAAGAGAGAAAGUGAGAAAGAACGGUGACGAUGAUGAUGAUGACGAUGAUUUGAAAUCAAAUGUUCUUCCUAUUUUGAAACGGAUCUUACCUUAG